AUGUCGCGCAAGAAGGCGGCUCGGGGAAAAGGCGGCGGUGCCGCGCCCUCGGCCGCGCUGCCCCCGGCACAGGGCACCGCCCGGGCCGCCGCCGCCGCGCCCCGGGGCAGCUCCGCCACCGCCCCCGAGCUGCCCCGCAACGGCGGCGCGGUGGCCGGGCGGCCCUCGCUGAGCAGCAGCGGAGAGUUCUACGACCUCGCCUUCAAGGUGAUGCUGGUGGGCGACUCCGGGGUCGGCAAGACCUGCCUGCUGGUGCGGUUCAAAGACGGCGCCUUCCUGGCCGGCAGCUUCAUCUCCACGGUGGGAAUCGACUUCAGGAACAAGGUGCUGACGGUGGAUGGGGUGAAGGUGAAGCUGCAGAUCUGGGACACGGCCGGGCAGGAGCGCUUCCGCAGCGUCACCCACGCCUACUACCGGGAUGCCCACGCUCUGCUCCUGCUCUACGAUGUCACCAACAAAGCGUCCUUCGACAACAUCCAGGCUUGGCUGACAGAGAUCAAUGAAUAUGCACAGCAGGACGUGGUCCUCAUGUUACUGGGAAAUAAGGUGGAUUCAGCCCAGGACAGAGUGGUGAAAAGGGAAGAUGGAGAGAAGCUUGCCAAGGAGUACGGGGUGCCCUUCAUGGAGACCAGCGCAAAAAGUGGCCUCAACGUGGAAUUGGCGUUCACAGCCAUUGCAAAGGAGCUGAAGCACAGGUCCAUGAAGUUGCCCAACGAGCCCAAAUUCAAGCUCCACGACUACGUGAAGAAGGAAGUGCGAGGCUCGGGCUGCUGCAGGUCCUAACGUGUCUGUACAGAGACUCUGGCCGUGCCGCGCUCCCGCGGGCAGGGUGUGCAUGUCUGUCUGUGUGUCUGUGUCUGCCCCCGAGGUGAGCUGGAACAGCAGCAGGAGGAGCUCUCUGGGACGCUGCUGCCCGAGCCCCAGCGCAGCCAUCGGCGCCGAGAGCACUGGGCUCUGUCCCGCCGCUGCUCCCGCCUGGCAGGGGCUGUUUGGGAAGGGGCUGGGCUGGGGUCUCCUCCCGGGGCCAGCUGUGCCCGCUCUGUGAGGCUGCUGUCACCAUAGUGAGAGUCGUGCUGUGACGCAGGGGAACCAACACCUUCUCCCACCUGAAUUCCCCCUUCUUUCCCUGCCUACCUGGAAUUCAGCCCCUGGCCUGGGGCGUGCAGGAAGGAUGUGUUUUAAGGCAACCGUUUUUGCAGUUGCUUUUCCCUGUCUGUGCAUCCCUGUGAGGUGGGACACGCCUCCAAGGGUGAGGGAUUCUCCUGUUCCAUGCAAACACAGAGCUUGGCUGUCUGUCUGGAUGAGCUCCUGCAUUCCUGGCUGUGUACAGAGAUCCGUGAACGUUUAUCCCUUUGGGAAAGGCUUUGGUUCUCCUCCUCCCGCCGUUUCUAGUCCUUUAAUGGAGAAGAAAUCUAAUGUAUCGCAGCUUAUUCUAAAUACCUUCCUGUAAGUGUGAUGGCGUUUUCAGAUGCAGCAACGCUUUGAUAUCUUCAAAGUUCUCCUGGGCAGCUCUUUCUUUUCACCGCAGAGAGCUGGGGGGAAGCUGCAGGCAGUGAUUUUACAGGCUGCAGACUCCUGCCAGCUCUCUUCAAGGGCCUCCUCACCCCUUUGGUCUGUGUUAGGCUUUUGGCUGUUUUUUUGUUAAGCUGCACUUCUAAGUACAAAUCUGAAUCUGGAUGAAGUGUUUGGCCUUUGGCAGUUUUUUCCUUUGGAAACUCCAUGCACACAUCAGCAGGUGCCCGCCGUGCUGAGCCUCGUGGGCCACUUCACAUGAAAGGAAGUAACCCAUCUUUGCCCUCCAGCCACCACCCGCCCCCCCAGCAGCUGGCUCAGACAGCCCUGCCCCUCGUUUUGCUUGGAAUUUUGGCUCCAGCACCCCCUUCCUGAUGGGCACGAGGAGCCUCUGAGCUCCUCCAUGAGCUGCAGCAACACGAGCAGCCACAGCUCCACAGGGUGAAAAAGGAUCCUGAAAUGAACCUACUGAGAACAGAGCAUUUUUUUCCUUUUUUUUUUUUUUUUGGGAGAGACAAGUCUUAAAAUUGUCUGAUUUAAAUUUUAAAGUAAUCUGCGGAAAACCCGUUCCUGCAGGAACGUUUGCAUUGCUGGCAAACCCUGCUGCCAGUCCCUCGGGAACAGGCAGGUGAGGGAUGGCUGUCAGGGACCCCCUUGUCCCCCUCAGCAUCCCACAGAUCCAGGGGGAUGGCCAGCACUGGCACAGCUGCUCCCACUGGAGCAGCAGCACCAGUCCAUUCCUCAGCGAGCCUUUCCCUGAAAUAACUGGAGCAACUCCCUUCAUCUGAAAAGUGUCAAUACCUGCUGCAGGUGCUCUCCAGAUCUGUCUGCAGGUAGCAGAGCCCAGGGCAGGCUGUGAGAGGGGCUCAGGCCAGGAACUGUGCAGGAAUAUGUAGAACUGGCUGCUCCAGGUGCCUGGGUGGGUUUUGCUCUGCUCCUGCUGUACUGAGGUGUCCCCAGCCCUUCUUAGAAUUCCACCGUGGGCUCUGCAGCAUCCACUUGCUGCCUGAGGAAAAGAGUGGGAUUUCAGAGAGUCCCUGAGCUUGCUGGGUCCCAGGGGUUUGGUUUUGUGUGGGGCAGGAACAGCCAGGCAGCUCUGAGCCUGUUUGCUCAUCCUGCCCUGGGAGCAGCAGCAGCAGCUCCAUCCCGAGGUGACAGGGAUCUACCUAAAGACAAAAUUUAGCAGCAGGAUUCCUAACGGAUUAGCAUUCCUACCUUAGGCUGCUGCUUUCCCUCUCAGAGUGGCACCUCAUUUUCUGAGAGACAAAGCCGAGAACUGAUCACUUCCUGCUCACUGUGGGACCAAAACCAAUUGGAAACCCCUAUAAGUGAAGAUGUUUCCCUUUGGAGCAUUUCCAACCUGCCUGUGGGGACCAAACUCUGCCAGAGCAGAGCCCUCACCGCCGUGUUUGUGGGAUCAGACCUAAGCUUUGAGCAGACAGCCCCAUCUCUCCCCAUCACCUGUUCCCAGUGUAGGACUGGUCUCCCAGUGCCUGCACAGUGGCCUGACCCCAGAGCUCCUCCUCACGUGGCCAUUUGGGAUUUUUCCACGGGCCUUUGCUGCCACCAGGCGAUGCUGCAGGAGUUGCUCAGUGCAGCGUUAAUUGCUCGGUGCGUCCAGUGUCACCUGCAGCUCCCAUUUCUGCUGGCUCUUGUUUACAGCUUUCGGUUCAUUCCUGUUAAUAAAAUUUUUUUAUAAUCUC